ACAGACAAAAGAAUCAAAACGCUUUUGACUUUUUUUCUCGUUCUCUUCUCUGUUGAAGUUCAUGAGUUGAUGAGCUAAGCUUCUUAAAAAAAUAAAAUCAAAAACAGGAAGAAGAAGAAGAUGAAGAGCUAAUCUCUCUUAUUCUCUGAUAUCUCCGCUGCUAAAAUCCUUAAUCUCUCGAUUUCGACGUCUCUGUUUAUUUCCAAACAACAUUUACUUCCAAAUAUCAUUUCUCUUUCGAGUUUCUCUGUUCGAUUUCGCUCUUUCAAUGGCUUCUUCCAUCACGCCCUCAAUUCACUCUUCAAUUCGUCCUUCUCGAUUGCCUUCACUCUACUUAUUGCCUAGCAGAAUUUCACCAAAUCAUGUUUUGCUCCAAGCUCGAUCACGCCUUGCUACUAAAUCCACGCGCUUGGCUUUCUCGCCAUUGCCGGAGAUUCCAAACUCUCCUGUGGCACUUGAAUUCUCAAGAAAGCCGUUGAGAAUCGCUGGUUGGAGUCCAACGAUUAGGCAACGAGGUUCUAUUGAGCUUCCCGUAGUUAAGGCUGCAGCUGCUGAUUCCGAAGGACAUGUGGAGCCUGCUAAAAACUUUGGUGAGAGAUUUCCUGCACUGCUUACAGGUUUCUUCUUCUUUAUGUGGUACUUCUUAAAUGUCAUUUUCAACAUAUUGAACAAGAAGGUCUAUAAUUAUUUCCCGUAUCCAUAUUUUGUAUCAGUUAUACAUCUCUUAGUUGGAGUAGCAUACUGUCUUGUUUGUUGGGCUGUUGGUCUACCAAAACGUGCACCAAUUGACAGAGACCUCCUGCUACUAUUGACUCCAGUUGCAAUCUGUCAUGCCCUUGGACAUGUCAUGUCUAAUGUAUCAUUUGCAGCUGUUGCUGUAUCUUUUACGCACACCAUCAAAGCUCUAGAGCCAUUCUUCAAUGCUGCUGCUUCUCAAUUUGUGCUGGGCCACCAAAUUCCUUUGUCCCUAUGGUUGUCAUUGGCUCCAGUAGUCAUCGGUGUAUCACUGGCAUCAUUGACAGAACUUUCCUUCAACUGGAUUGGGUUCAUAAGUGCAAUGAUUUCCAACGUUGCAUUUACCUACAGAAGUAUCUAUUCUAAAAAAGCAAUGACUGGCAUGGACAGCACAAAUGUGUAUGCUUACAUUUCAAUAAUCGCCCUCUUGUUUUGCAUCCCUCCAGCAGUAUUGAUCGAGGGCCCUCAACUGAUCCAAUAUGGUUUCAGAGGUGCAAUUGCAAAAGUAGGAUUAUUUAAGUUCAUUACUGACUUGUUCUGGAUUGGAAUGUUUUAUCAUCUGUAUAACCAGGUUGCCACAAAUACUUUGGAACGAGUUGCACCACUUACACAUGCUGUUGGAAAUGUGUUGAAGCGAGUUUUUGUCAUUGGGUUCUCCAUUGUUGUAUUUGGCAAUAGAAUCUCCACUCAAACUGGAAUUGGUACUGCAAUAGCCAUUGCAGGUGUUGCAAUUUACUCCCUUAUAAAGGCUAACAUGGAAGAACAAAAACGGCUCAAAAAGUUGUGAAUUUAGAGUUGGUCACAAUCGGUUGAUGCUCUUUUAAGAUAAGAAAACUACUUUACCCUUGUUUCAAUCUAUAUAUAUAUCUAUAUUAUGAUGAUUUGAGAUCUAGAAGAGGGUAGAGUUAGGGUAUGUACAUAUAAAUUUAGUCAGAAUGGUUCACGUUCUCUUGCUUUAUUCUUUUUUCCUUUGUUUUCUAGUGACGUGUAAUCGCCAUCUAUCAUGUAGAACUACCCUUUCACUAUUUAUCAGGCGGUUAUUUAAUGUCCUCCGACGUUUGUGCUAACAUGAUCUUGAUGUGGAGAGGUCUGUUCUCCACCUCCGACGUUUGUGCUAACAUGAUUUGAAUUAGGAGGGUUUAUUCCCUUCGGACCCAUUAAGUUUAAUGGGCUGGAUCCUUUUCUGUUGGGUCUGAACCCCUAUUUUAUCCGAUCUGUCCGAAUGUGACCUGAGCUGCGUACUAAAGGAUAGAAUUGCGUAUUAAGCUGUAAUGAAUUACGGUCUGCCUUUCUUACGUAGGUUCGGAUAGCAGAGAUCCGUAGGUUCGGAUAGCAGAGAUCCGUACUAAAGGAUAGAAUUGCGUAUUAAGCUCUAAUGAAUUACGAUCUGCCUUUCUUACAUAGGCUCGGAUAGCAGUUGCUCGGAUAGCAGUUGGAUUAGAGAUCCAACUGUCAUCCUAUUAUAUAGGAAUAUAAUAUAUUAGGAACAUAAGAUAUUAAACCGCUGCUCUUAUUUUCUUAUGCAUUUAUUUUCUAUUUAUUUAUCUUAAUAAUAAAAAAAAUUGUCAUAUAAGCUUAAUCACUUUACAUAUAGAUAGCAAUAACUUGAGAAAAUUUUAUUAAACACACGGUAUAAAUCAAUUGCCAUAAAUAUUUAGUAAUCAGUAACAACUAUUAGUUACUUCCAAUGGUUAAAAUCAAACAGAAUCAUAUAUUAUAUAUUAUGGAAUAAAAAUAAGAGUUCACUAUUUAUAUUAAUAUCAUUUAAAGUUCUUUUCUUGUAUUAUCUAUUUACUAUCAUCAGCUAGAAUAAUUUUAAAUUUAGAAAUAACAUCAUUUAAAUAAUAUCUUUCCUUGUAAACUAUUUUAAUUCUAAAUAGUUUACCCUAUUUAUAUAAUAUCAUUUAAUUUAAAUUUUUAAAAAUUUGGCCAAAAAAUGUAGUUUACCCUUAUAAAAUUUUAAUUCAAAUAAUUUUAAUUAUUUCUAAGGAGCAUUCAAUCAUUAUCUUGUCACGAUAGAUAACAAAGGGAAGGGAAGGGCAGGAUAACAUGCCUCGGUUGGGAUUACUUCAACUUUUGAUUUCAUAUUAGAGCACACUUGAAUAUGAUUCACUAACCAGAAGUUUUGUCAUCAACCAAGUUGUCUUUUUUUUUAUUAUUAUUAUUAAAAUUAGAAAAGUUUCGUUAAAAGGUUAAGCAGUACAACUCAAGAGAUAAAGCACAAGCACAAGCCAAGACCUUGAAAACCAUAACUAAGAAGGACAAGAGUUUUUAAGACCCAAAACAUAACAACCUAAUGGAGAACAGACCUAAAAACUCAUACCUGACAGACCUGAAACAUGAUCCAGAUUAUAUUACAGUAAGAGCCGCACUUCAUCUCCAACAGCUCCGAUCGCCGUUAGCUCCCACAACAAUAGCCAGAGGCUUUAAAACACAUACUGAAGAAAGAGAGAGCAAGAGAUCGGUCACAUGCAGCAAA